AUGGCACUCGGGAGCUCCUGCAACCUUCUGUCAAAUCCCUCCUUCGAAACGGGGACUUUGCAGCCAUGGAUCACAUCCGCUGUUAAUAUGGCGAAGGUCAGCAAUGGUACCCAGGCAUAUAGCGGGGAUUACUAUCUGGACCUCGAAACCGCGGUUGGAAAUCGAGGCAUUACCAUCUCGCAGGUUGUCAAGAACCUCGAUCCCAGGCUUGACUACACCUUCACCAUGCAUGUCCAAUCGUCAGCACUGGCCGCGAAUUACUGUUCCUUCUAUGCAUAUGCGGGUCUCAACGCGACUACCGGGUUCAUUGCUUCCGACACCCUGUAUGACUCCGGUGAAUGGACAUUGGUCACUGGUCAAUACCGGCCGAAGCUCUCGAGGGAGUUCCUGAACAUUAUUGCUAGUUGUACUUUCGAGGAUUCGUCAAAUACUGGGCAUGUCUUUAUCGAUGAUGUUACUUUGAGCGCCUCGGAUGGUUGUCCGUCUGCUGAGUGA